AUGACGCAGGAAUUAAGCAAUCUUUCCAAACCCAAUGGACAGCUGCCAAGCAACACCGAGAAAAACCCCUCCGGGAAUGUAAAUGCAGUUACACUAAGAAAUGGCACCACCUAUAAUCCUCCACCCAUGGUUGUUGUUGAAAAUGAAGAAGAAGAGGUGGUAGUAGAGGAAGAAGCACCUAAUGAGGGGAAAAAGGAGGAACAACUAGCACCUACCCCAGAGAAGAGAAAUGAGCCCACCAUUAAUGUAUUUGUACGUCCUGUUCCUUUCCCACAAGGAUUAGCGCAUCGCAAGCUUGAAGAAAAAUAUGGGAAGUUUAAAAAAGUUCUAAGUAAGCUUGAAAUAAACAUCUCCUUUAUAGAUGCUAUUAAGGAGAUGCCUUCUGAUGCAAAAUUUCUGAAGGAGGUAUUAUCUAACAAAAGGAAGCUGCUUAAAACAGUCAAAUUUGGUGAAGUUUUGGUCAAUAAAGUACUUGCUGAUUUGGGAGCUAGUGUGAGUAUUAUGUCGCUAUUUUUAUGCAAGAGGAUUAAUGCGGAGAUAAAGCCAACAAGGAUGUCUUUGCAGCUAGCCAAUAGAUCAGUAAGGAAGUUCUAUGUCCCUUGUGAUUUUGUGAUUAUGGAUAUUGUUGAAGAUCAUGUCAUACCUAUCAUUCUUGGGAGAGAUUUUUUGAAGACUUCACGGGCUGUUUUUGAUGUGUUCAAUGGCAAGCUCACAUUGAACAUCUUGGGGGAGGAAGUUGAGUUACGUCAUGUUAUCUUCUAUAGGGGUAUUGAGGCUCUUAUCUCUGCUCCUAUUAUCCAACCACCAAAUUGGAACAUCCCCUUUGAAAUUAUAUGCGAUGCAAGUAAUUAUAAAGUAGGGGCUGUUUUGGUUCAGAGGAAGGAUGGCAAGUUGCAUGCCAUCUAUUAUCCGAAUGAGACAUUGGAUCCAGCUUAG